AUGGGCUUUCCCUCGAACACGGCGUCCAAUGCCGUCAUCUAUGUCACUUAUGCCCUGUUCCUACUCAUGGGAACUGGCAUUGCUUGGAAGAUGAGAAAUCAGUCAAAGGCCGAUUUCCUUUCAGGAAACGGAACCCAGACGGCCUUCCCUCUGGCCCUCAACUUCAUCGCCUCCGCUCUCGGAUCUGGUAUUCUCUUCUCUUACCCUGAGUUGGCCACUAUUUCCGGUGUCCAGGGCAUGAUUGUCUACGCUCUUGCGUCUUCGCUGCCCAUGCUCAUCUUUGGAUACCUUGGCCCUAUCAUCCGACGACGAUGCCCCGAGGGUUUCGUCCUCACCGAGUGGACUCGCCAGCGAUAUGGUGUUAUCACUAUGCUGUAUCUGAGCUUCAUGUCUCUUGUGACCUUGUUCCUGUACAUGGUUGGUGAGCUGUCGGCUAUUGGACAGGUUGUGAAUGCCAUGACUGGCCUCAAACCUCUUCCGAUUAUGAUUGUUCAGUGCGCUGUCACAACUAUCUAUACCUCCCUCGGUGGAUUCAGAAUCUCGUUCAUCACCGAUGUUGCCCAGGGUGCCAUGGUUAUCGGUCUCGUCAUUAUCGCCGCCAUCACCAUUGGCGCAAAGACUGAGAUUCAACGACCUCUCAUCGAAGAGUCUGGUCUUACUAAGUCCAACCUCCUCGGCUGGCAGCUUCUGUACAUCCUACCUGUUGCUGUUUUGACCAACGACUUCUUCCUCUCCUCUUUCUGGCUUCGAACUUUCGCCUCCAAGACUGACAAGGAUCUUCGAAUUGGUACCACCAUCGCCACGAUCGUCAUUCUGUGUAUCCUCACUCUUGUUGGCUCCACUGGUCUGAUCGCCGUUUGGUCCGGAGCUCUGUCUCUCGAGGACGCAGCUGGUUCUGGAUCAGUGGCCUUCUUCGUGCUCCUCGAGACCCUUCCCAGCUGGGUUGUUGGCAUUGUGCUUGUCAUGGUCGUCACCAUGAGCACAGCUGCUUUCGACAGUCUUCAGUCUGCUAUGGUCUCCUCCGGCUCCAACGAUCUCUUCCGCAACAAGCUCAACAUCUGGUACAUCCGUGCCUUUGUCGUCCUCAUCAUCAUCCCCGUCAUCGUCAUUGCUCUCAAGGCCCCCUCCGUUCUUCAGAUCUGGCUCAUCACCGAUCUCAUCUCCGCCGCUACAAUUCCUGUCCUGGUAGUUGGUCUCGUGGAUAAGUUCUACUGGUGGCGUGGCUUUGAGGUCGUUGUCGGUGGUCUUGGUGGUAUCCUCACCGUCUUCAUCUUUGGAUGCGUCUACUAUGGUAACGCUCAGGAGGCCGGUGAGCUUCUCCUUGUGCAGAAGGGUCUCUACGGCAAUGACUGGAGUGCCUUUGGUGCUUUCGUUGCUGCCCCCGUUGGAAGUAUCCUCUGGGGCUGUGGUGCUCUCGCCCUCCGUCUUUCCUACCAGUACAUGUCUGCUAAGAUUCGAGGACAUCGCUUUGAUGCUCUUGAUCGCCCCGUGGACCCUCGUCGUUCGAGCACCGAGGAGGAUGUUCCCACUGAGAACCUUGUUUCUUCGACACCUGGCAAGUUCUUUUAA